AUGCAUAUUGAGAAAAAUAUAUGUGAUAACGUGUUGGGAACUUUGCUCAAUAUUGAUGGGAAAACCAAAGACUCCACCAAUGCACGUAGGGAUUUGGCUAAUCUUGGACUAAGAAAAGAAUUGCAUUUACAACAUGAUGGCAAUCGUAUUUCUAUGAGUCUUGGUUUCUACAUGUUAAAUUUAAAUGAGCGAAGAAAAUUUUGUGCAUGGUUGUCAGUGAAAUUCCAGGAUGGUUUUGCCUCAAACAUUGCACGAUGUGUUAGUGUUAGUGAUGGAAAAAUCAAAGGAAUGAAGAGCCAUGAUUGUCAUAUCUUUAUGCAAGAACUAUUGCCGGUUGUUAUUGGUGGGUUCCUAUGGCCUUAUGUGUGUCAAGCCUUAAUAAACUUAAGCUCGUACUUCAAAGAAUUAUGUUCACGAACUUUGGACCUAUCAGUGUUGCAUCAGCUUCAAGCAAAUAUUCCUAUUAUCUUUUGUAAAUUGGAAAUGAUAUUCCCUCCCGCAUUUUUUGAUAUCAUGGUGCACCUAGCCAUUGAUUUGCUAGAGGAGACAUUGCUAGCAAGACUCGUGCAAUAUAGAUGGAUGUACCCUUUUAAAAGGUAUCUAAGGAAGUUCAAGCGGUACGUUCGCAACAGAGCCUGUCCAGAAGGCUCAAUUGCUGAGGCAUAUGUUCAUCUCGAGUGUCUUACAUUUUGCUCUAUUUAUCUUCGCGAUAUUGAGACUAGAUAUAACCGAGAGGAACGCAACAGUGACGUUGCGAAUGAGUUGGGAAAUGAGCCUUGUUUAUCUGUUUUCUCACAAAAGGUUCGACCACUAGGGACAGUAAGCUCUAAGAAAUUGUCUGACACACUAAUGAGAAAGGCCCGAUGGGAGCACCAUAACAUAUUGAAAGAAGAGGACCCUCAUAACAUCAAUCGUAGGCAUCGGAGUCAAUUCCCAUCAUGGUUCAAAUCACGUCGUGCAAUUAGGCCAAGUGAAGUAAUCAAUGACAUAUAUGCAUUAGCAUGUGGUCCUGAUCCGUGGGUCGCAUCAUAUGCCGGAUGCAUAAUGAAUGGAGUUCGUUUCCAUACGAAAGAGCGUGAAAGGCAUCGCCGCACCCAAAAUAGCGGAGUGGUGGUUUAUGGCGAGCACAAUGGAUCCCCUAUUGACUUCUAUGGAGUGUUGCAUGAUAUUAUAGAAUUACGCUAUAUGGGUCGGUGCAAGGUUUAUUUGUUUAGUUGUGCUUGGUAUGACGUUGGCGACUCGAGGAGGGGGAUACGUGUGAGGGACCACUUGACGAUAGUGAAUACUGCUAGGCACAUGUAUAAAGAUGAGCCUUUCGCCCUUGCAUGCCAAGCAUUGCAAGUGUUUUAUCUCACGGAUCUAACAUUGGGGGGAAGUUGGCAGGUUGUACAUAAGAUUACAAAUAGGAAUGUUUACAACAUUCACUUGAUGACUAUUGUUGAUGAUGAGAAUGGUGAUGACGACUCGUCUGGGGGUGAAGCAGAAGAUGAUGUUCACACAGAUCUCCAUAACUAUCCCCCUAUCCUCGAGAGUGAAUCAGCCAUGGGCAAUCUAUUGAAUCGAGUUGAUGAAGAGAAUUUGCCCGUUGAUCCAGCAAUCAUAUCACGUCGAGUCCCGUCCGAAUCAGUUGACAAUGAUUCAUUUAUCGAUGAUGACCCAUUAGAUGAUGAGUUGGGGAUGGAUGACAUAAAUGACGAUGAUAACUCCAGUAGCGAGUCUGGGCAACAUCUUUAUGAGGAGACAGAUGUAUUGAAUAUGUUAAUUUAA